CAGUUUUCUUGCAGUAAAAAAUGCCUCAAGGACUAUAUAUAUGACCAAAGAACCCAGUUGGCUUCAGACUUCAACUAAAGAUAUUACCAGACAACUUCUUUCUUUGACAUAGCGAAUACACGCAAGGACUCCAGCCAUGGAAUCACAGACGAUUGAAGUGGCAGCUCUGGGAAGAGCUCUGUAUCCUGGUAUGCUGUAUGACUGCCGCAAAGACACCUUCAUUCCAGGUGUUACUCUGUGGGAUAAGAAGUCACUGAGUGAAGAUUUGGACAGUCAUCGAAAGCCCACGACAGAUGUGAAGUUCAGUUGCUCCGACUCUCUCUCUGAUAAGUCCAGUCUCCUAGAUGUAAACGCUUCCCUGAAGGCCAGCUUCUUGGGAGGGCUGGUGGAGGUGGGAGGAUCUGCCAAGUUUCUGCGUGACACCAAAUCCUCAAACCAACAGUCCAGAGUUGCAAUGUAUUACAAAGAAACCACAAGAUUUGAACAACUCACCAUGACCCAUCUGGGCCGAAUCACCUACCCUGAGGUGUUUGACCAGAAAACUGCGACUCAUGUGGUCACGGCUGUACUGUACGGAGCUCAGGCCGUCAUGGUGUUUGAUCGGACAUUUUCAGAAGAGGAAAACAAGAAGAAGAUUGAGGGAGAACUGUAUAUCAUGGUCAAGGCCAUCCCUGGAAUUUCCAUUGAGGGAAGAGCAGAUGUAAAAAUGGCAGACGGUGAUAAGAAAAUGGCUGAGAACAUCUCCUGCACAUUUUAUGGUGAUGUCCACCUUGAUCAGAACCCCACCACAUACAAAGAGGCCCUAGAGGUGUACAAGAAGCUCCCCGCUAUCCUGAAGGAGAAUCCACAGAAUGCUGUUCCAAUAAAAGUCUGGCUCUAUCCUCUUUCUCUACUGGAUAAAAAAGCAGCUAAGUUGGAGAGAGAAAUCACCACACAUCUGGUUUCCAGCGUUGAAGAUAUAAUAGAGGGGCUGGUAGAGGCAGAGAGGACAAGCAACGAUCUCUCCAAUAAUACACUGGUAAAUGUUUUCAGAGACGUCAAAGAGAGGCUGCGCUUAUUUCAGGGUUCUCUUAACAUUUACAAAACAGUGAUCCUGAAAGCAGUGGCCAAGGUCUUGCCUGCUAUACGAGGAGGAGAGAUGGGGGAGAAGUCACUGGAAGACAUCCUGAAGAUCCACUACCACUCCCAUUUUAAAGCUGACCUGCUUAUCCAGUGGUUAGAUCAGGCAAAGUCUGAACUUGACCUCUUGAGUACUCAAACCAAGAUGCUGGAGGGAAUCAAAACUGAAGACUCAAACCAUCUCUACACCAUCUUCCUUAAUCCUGAUAUUGAUGUUGUGGUGUGCUUGACCUUCACAUCUCUGAAGUAUGAAGACCAGGAUCUUUCAAACCUGAAGGAGUUUGUGGAUUCUGAAGAGUUCAAGAAGCUAGAAGUGGUAGUGCAAAAGUCCUCUAGCAUGUUCAUAACAGAAGAGUGGUUCAACAAGCCUGAUGUUGUUUUAAAGAUGAGAGAGAUCUUGCAUCUUUUCAAAAGUUUUUCAGAGGCUAACAAAAAUGAAAAGAGAUACCGUUUCAUUAUUUCUGCCAUCUCUGAUCCAUCCAGUCCAGGCUCCUCCAUCUAUCUGUAUGAAAAAGGGAAGCUGACAAACACACAGUUCCAGCCCGUGUCGAAGCCUCCCCCACCAGAAGUGAAGGAAAUGAAGGAGCGCAGUGUGUCCCUGAAACUGCAGAAGUCCCCGACUGGAGAAACUGUGCAGUACAGAGUGGAGUACAAGCAGGUGAAAGAGGAAGAGUGGCUUGCCAAAAACACACCUGAUAAAGACUUUACUCUGACUGGAUUGGAGUUAGGAAAGCAGUACCUGAUCCGCUACAGGAUUGUGGGUAAAGUGGGAGUGAGUGAAGCCAGUGACACUAUCGGCCCCAUACCGCCUUCAGAAACUGAUCCCAAGACCAGGAAUGACUUCCUACAAUAUUCCCUUCAGCUCACUCUGGAUCUGAACACAGUGAAUAAAUCCCUCCGUCUGACUGAGAGGAACAGAGUGAUCACUAACAAUGUCAUUGAGCGUCAGUCGUAUCCUGAUCAUCCAGACAGAUUUGAUGGGUGGCCUCAGGUGUUGUGUAGAGAGAGUGUGAGUGAUCGACGCUGUUACUGGGAGGUUGAGUGGAGUAAAUGUGUGUUUAUAUCAGUGUCAUAUAAGAGCAUCCGCAGGAAGGGAGAGGGUAAUGAUUGUUGGUUUGGACGUAAUAAUCAGUCCUGGAGUUUAGAGUGCACUCCCACCAAUUACUCAUUCAGAUACAAUAACACAGAGACUGUAAAGUCCAUCAGCACUAGAAUAGGAGUGUAUGUGGAUCAGAGAGCAGGAAUUCUGUCCUUCUACAGCGUCUCUGGAGACUCAAUGAGUCUCAUCCACACAGUCAAGACCACAUUCACUCAACCGCUCUAUCCUGGGUUUAUGGUUGGUAAUGGAUCAUCAAUGAAACUGUGUGAUUAAAUCAGACUGUAGAGAGAUUCUACCCAUAAUGCUUUGAGCUCAUGAUGAUCCAGUGACAGUGAGAUGCUAUAGAGUCUCUUCAUUACAUUAAUACUAUCACUGAAAUAUCAUGUCAGAAUAAAGAGUGUGUGUGUGAGUUUGUGUGAUAAAUCCUUACAUAGACAGUCAGAUCAGUGUGUGUGUUUUCUCAAGUUUGUGGUGAUGGAAAUCAGUUUUUAUUAUCAAUCAUUUAUCAUGUUUGUAGAAUUGAGAUUAGUUGAACAUCUGUCAGUGAAAUAACGUCAGAAUAAAGACAUAAUAAAUCCUCAUAUGGAUCAGUGUGUGUGUGAUAAAUCCUUACAUAGACAGUCAGAUCAGUGUGUGUGUGUGUGUUUUCUCAAGUUUGUGGUGAUGGAAAUGAAUUUUUAUUAUAGUGUCACAUCAAUCAUUUAUCAUGUAUGUAGAAUUGAGAUUAGUUGAACAUCUGAACAUCUGUCCUCAUAUGGAUCAGUGUGUGUGUUUUCUCAAGUUUAUGGUGAUGGAAAUCAGUUUUUAUUAUCAGUCAUUUAUCAUGUAUGUAGAAUUGAGAUUAGUUGUGCAUGUUUUAAUCAGGUGUAUUUCAGGGGUUCAAGCGCUGAAGCUGCAGCAUCAUUAUUGUGUUUGUGCUGUUUAUCAAUGAUUGUUUUUCUGCUCUAAACAUGUCUGUACGUCAUUGAGGAAAUAAUAAAAACUUCUUCUGGA